CUGAAGUCUCUGAAUGUGGGAACGUGGCCCAACUGUCUAAUGUUCAUUGAGAAUUUGGAAAAGAACACUGUGUGGUCUUAUGAUCCAAGUAUCCGUAUGAACCAGCUACUAAGUUUCUUCCUCCAGGGCUAUGAAUCAUCUGUGAAGUUUAUGCUGCUGCUUCAAGGAAGAGUGACCAGCUUCUGGGAGGAAUGAUUGCCAGAACUAAACUUUAAGCUGCCAAAGUUGAAGAACUCAUUGCCAUCGGCAGAUCAUCAGUGAAGACAACUGACAGGAGCAAUUUGAAAGAAGCUAAAAAUAGCUGAAACAAGAAAAAAACUUUGAUUGCCAAGAGCGAGAACUAAGAACAAGCAUAUAAAAAAUAUUAAGGGCAACAGAAAUUAAUAAAGGAGAAUAAACUAUCAAUUUGGUUGGGGUUCUUGAGCUUAGCAAAUAACUUUUUUUGGCAACAGUAAUUCACAAGUCACAAGUACAUACAGCUCUCUAUAGAAGAAUAUUUUGUUAACUUAGAAGUAUGAGCAAAGUACAUACAGGUGAGGACAGAAGGACCAACCAAGCAUCUCAGUCACCACACAGGCACCGGAAUGGAAAUACUAUUUUUAAAGAGGAUCUCCAGGCUUCUCGGAAGAUUGAAAGGUUUACCAUUCCCCUGGACAGUCUGAAAAUGAUGUAUGACAGGCCAAGUCGUAUUGUUGUGAUGCCACGCAAAAGCAGCAAGAAAAAGGAAGCUGAAAUUGAGAGAAGUUUACGCUCGCCAGCAGUGAAGAGACAGACCGGGAAUUCUUCCAGCCUUUCAAGUAAAGAUUCCAACAAGAAAGGUGGUAGAUCUCUAUCGAACACCAUGUCAGAGAGCGAGAAGGAUGGCAGCGUGGCAGGUAUUACAAGAGCCAAAAAAGAACCAUCGGAGGACACUGACAAGAGUGGCAAUAUACCACUGGACUUACCUGAAUCUUUACCAUUAAAGGACAGGAUGGCCAUGUAUCAGGAUGCUGUCACUACCAAAGGGCAAACCUCUGGCAGAAAUGUGCUGGAGGAGUCGGAAGCUUGCGUGAUGUCUGGCGGACUGGCUAGCAUGAAGAAGCACUUUGAAAAGUCAGACAAUGUGUCGACGCACAGUACUGUAUCCCAGUAUCAGCAGAAAUCUGUGAAGGAAACGAGAAGAAGCAAUGAAGUCACGUUCAUGAGCAGCAGCCAAGCAACUGAGCAACAUGAAACUCAAUUUUCAGCUUGUAACACAGAACAGGUAUCGGUUCAUGAGCAAAGCACCCAAGAGACAAACACAGCGUCUAAUUAUAAUCAAGAAGCUGAUGGAGUAGGUUAUAUGGAAAUCCCUAAAAUUUCUGCUCAGGUCCUUAAGGAACAGUAUGAAAAAUCUCUCAAAGAAAAGAGUGCCAGUCUUGGAGGAACUACAGUCACACAAGGAAAACAUGCAAAGAUAUAUAAUGACCAUCCAGAAUUUGAAUGGCCAGUGGUAAAUGCCAACAUCUCUGGCUCACCAAACAUUAUCCGUGAUAGUAUGAGUUCUUCGUUGAAAACAGAACGUACAUCAAAGUCUGCUCACACUAAGUCUGUCCAUUUUGGAAGCUUAGAAGAGUUUUCACUUCCUCCUCCUCCACCCCCAGAUAUUUUAGAGACAGAUGAAAUAGCAGAUUUUUCCCAGUCCCCAGAACCUCCAAAUGCUAAUGAAAGAUAUGCAUCUGUUUUCCCCAAAGAUGCAUAUUCAAAGCAAAGAAAUUUAUAUGAGCUGAAACGUUUAUACAAACAUAUACAUCCAGAAGUGAGGAAGAACCUAGAAACAGAGUAUUUCAAUCAGGUUUCUGAUAUUGUAACUAGUCAAUAUGAUAAAAAAGGUGAAGUGCAACAUGCAAGAUCUGUGUUUGAAAAUCCUGUUAGCAGCCCGCAAAAAUGUCUUAGUCCCGAAAGAGAAUAUUUGGAAUGGGAUGAAAUUUUGAAAGGAGAGGUGCAGUCUAUGAGGUGGGUUUUUGAAAAUCAACCUUUAGAUACAAUUAAAGAUGAGUCAACUGAGCAGAGUCAUAUUAAAAGUAUUGGAGAACAAGAAAUUAUAGCUGGAGGGGAUGUAAAAUAUACAACAUGGAUGUUUGAGACACAACCAAUUCAUGCCCUUGGUGUUGAUGCCUCAAACUCUUUGGAAAAAGCUGACAAAGUACCAGAACUUGCUAGAGGAGAUGUCCGUACAGCAACAUGGCUAUUUGAAACACAGCCAUUAGAUUCUCUGAACAAAAUUUACCAAGAAAAUGAUUCUGAUACCGUUUCCACUUCUGAAGACAUUCAUGGAGGUGAUGUAAAAGCUGGUAGAUAUUUUUUUGAGACUCAAUACAAUGACCGGUCUCUUUCUUCUGAUGAAAUGAAAAUGCUAAGACUAAAAUCAGAACUUAAAGACUUUAAAGGGGAUGUGAAAACUACCAUAAAGCAAUUUGAAACUGACCCUAAGUAUGUCUUACAAGACAGUUCUGGUAAAGUACUUGAGAUAACAACAGUGUGCAGGGAAGACAUUGAAAAAGGAGAUGUUAAAACAGCAAGAUGGAUGUUUGAAACACAACCUUUGGACAUGAUUAAUCAAGAUGAAACUCAGGUCCAAGUUGUCAGAGGUAUAUCUAUGGAAGAAAGUGUUAAAGGUGGGGUUGGAAAGGCAAGGUGGCUAUUUGAAACACGUUCUUUGGAUUCAAUUAAAGAGGAAGAUGAUUCUGUUAUUCAAAAGGAAGCUAUCAUUGGUGCAGAUGUAUAUAAAAAAUGUUGGAUUUUUGAAACCCUUCCAAUGGAUAUUUUAAAAGACAAUGCAAAUGAAAGGCCUCUGGAGGGUGAGGAGAUAAUUGGUGGCAAUGUAAGUAAUGCAAAAUAUCUAUUUGAGAAUGUACCAAUGGAUGAACUCCAAGAAAUUUCUGAAGUAGGCAAACUUAAAAAAGUAGUUACCACAGAAGAGGAAAAAGGGGAUGUUCGACAUCAAAGAUGGGUCUUUGAAACUUGUCCACUUGAACAGAUUAGGGAGGAGAAGAAAACAAAUAUUCGUACUGUCCGUCUUGAUGAAAUCCAGAAAGGGGAUGUUACUACCUGCAGAAAUGCGUUUGAGAAAGAAGAUUGGCAAACAGAUGAUUUCUCUUAUAAAAUUAAAAUAGAAGAUUUUGAUAAGGGAGCAGUAAAGCUUAACAAGAAACUUUUUGAAACCACACCUCUGUAUGCUAUACAAGAUCAGUUUGGACAUUAUCAUGAAGUCAAAACAAUUCGUCAAGAAGAAGUAGUAAGGGGAGAUGUAAGAACAUAUCAAUGGAUGUUCGAAACAAUUCCAAUUGAUCAGUUUGGUGAAAGUGUUGAAAACUACCAAGUUAUAAGAGGAAUCUCUUCUCAAGAAAUACAAUCUGGGGAUGUCAAAAAGGGAAAGUGGCUUUUUGAGACACAGCCAUUGGAUUCUAUUAAAUACUUUAGUCAUACUGAAGAUGAAGAGUUGUUGAAAAAACAGAAAAAUGAUAUUGUCAAAGGCGAUGUGAGAACAUGUAAAUGGCUAUUUGAAACCCAACCAAUGGAAGACCUGUAUGAAAAACAAGUGACAAUGACUAGCAAUGAGGAAAUCCAAAAGGGAGAUGUGAAAUCCUGUACAUGGCUUUUUGAAACUCAGGCACUUGACAAAAUACAAGUUGAAUCAGAAACGUCUACACUUUUGGAGAAGGAGGAAGUUGUAGGUAGAGAUGUGCAAUCUGUUUGCUUCCUUUUCGAGACACAAAAUUUAGAACAUAUACAAGAAGAAGAGAAGAAAGACUUUAAACGAGUGGUUGAAAUUGAUAUUCAGUCUGGGGACGUUUCCACCAUGAAAUAUAUUUUUGAAAACCGGGCACUAGAUCAAAUUAGCUCUAGUUCACAAGAAGUUCUCCAAAGGAUGAAAAUUAUGAAUUCUGAGGACCUCCAAAAGGGAAAUGUAUUGAAUUGUCGAUGGCUUUUUGAGAAUCAUUCUAUCGAUGAGAUCAAUGAAAACUAUGAGAAAAAUAAAGAGGCAUAUACAAUCACAGAUGUCCAAGGUGGUAAUGUUAAAAAAGGAUGUUUUAUAUUUGAAACUUUUUCCUUAGACCAAAUUAAGGAAGAUAAUUCAGAAACUACUACUAAAACAGUAAACGUGGAUGAAAUAUUUAAAGGUGAUGUGAAAAACUACACAAUGAUGUUUGAAACUCAACCCCUUUAUGCUAUUCAAGAUAAAGAAGGAUUAUACCAUGAAGUUACUACAGUAAAGAAAGAAGAAAUACUGCAUGGCAAUGUUCGUGGAACAAGAUGGCUGUUUGAAACAAAACCUCUGGACUCUUUCAGUGAUUCCAAUGAAGUGUUUGUUAUUAAGGCCGUGACACAAGAGGAUAUUAAAAGAGGGGAUGUUAGUUCUGUAAGAUGGAGAUUUGAAACUCAUCCCCUUGAUAAGAUUUCAGAUGCAGAUAAAUUAAUUUAGACUAUUGAAAAUAUUAUAGGUGGUGAUGUGAAAGGCAACAAAGAGCUAUUCGAAAAAGAGAAAAAGAGCCAGGCUGUGCGAACAGUAAGCAUUAGUGAGAUUAAACAAGGUAACGUUAAGACAUCUACUUGGUUGUUCGAGACCCAUACUCUUGAUGAACUUCAUGGAGAAAAUUAUGAGGAUAUUAAAAGAGUAACAAUGGAGGACAUCCAAAAAGGAGAUGUGCAAGAAGCUGUGUGGCUUUUUGAAAACCAAAACUUAGAUUCAAUUAAAGAAGUCGAUGAAACUGAUAAAAAAGCACUAAAAGAAGAAAUUCCACAGGCUGAUGUAAGAACAACAACAUGGCUUUUUGAAACCACGCCAUUACAUGAGUUUAAUGAAUACAAAACAGAGAAACAAGAAAUCAUUGGGAAGAGUAUCCAAGAAACACUAAAAGAAUUGUAUAGCCAAAAAAUUGUCAAGUCCCAUGGGAUUAUUUUAGAAGCAGAUGAAAUUGGUGAUGUCCGCAUGGCCAAAUUUCAACUCAUGAAUCAGGAUAUUCCAAAAAUAGAAAAACAAGAGAUUAUAAGGGGAGAUCUUCAAAAUAUAAUUAUGAACUUGCUGUCUCAGCAAUCAUCUACUGAAAGAACAGUAUGUUUGAAUGAGGAAGAAAAGGGCAACAUCAGCUUGACAAAAUCACAGUUAAUGAAUCAAUCAACUGACAUACAAGCAAUGCGGGAGGACAUUAUUGGAGGAGAUAUACAGGAAGCAAUAAAAAACCUUAUCAGAAACAAGGAUUAUGGAAAACAGGGAAUACUUAUUCAAGAGAGUGAGAAAGGUGAUAUAAAAAUGACAAUUUACUCUUUAUUUAAUAAGGAUGACAACCAUGAUUUUCAACGAGAUGAAGUUGUACGUGGAGAUAUAAAACGUACAAUUUACAACUUAAAGACCUCUGUCAUGUCUGGUGAGAAGACCGAAAAGUUUAAAAUAGAGGAUUCGGAAAGGGGAAAUGUUCAAUUUUUUACUACUUGCAUUGAAUCUGGAGCAUUAGAUUACUUAAAAAGACUACAUGGAGAAUUUGAGGAAACAGUAGAGGAACAAACCAAUGAAGAAAUUGUUGGAGGUGAUGUUGAAGGUACAAAAUUAUUACUUAAACGGCAACGAUCCCAAGUUGAACGAACUGUUGAUGAAGCAGAUAUUAUCCCCGGUGAUGUAUAUAAUACAGUUAAAGUUUUUAUGACUGAGCCAGAGGAUAAAUCAUUUGAUGCAAAUAAAGAAGAAAUUGUUAAAGGCAAUUUGCAAGCAACCUUAAGUUCCCUCAGCCAAGCCAUAAAUCAGGCUGUAGUAGUACAGAAAGAAGAGAUUAUUAAAGCUGAUCUCCCAGCAACACUGAAGUCACUUACUGAAUCACAGUAUCAAGUCAAGGAUACGGAAAAGCCAGAUGUCAUCCCCGGAGAUAUUCAAGGAACCAUUGAUUCUUUGGAAAAAGCUGUAAAGCAGAAGAACGAGUUUGUUAAGGAGGAAUUUAUUCAUGGCAAUGUUGAGGCAGCAUUAAAAUCUUUAAAGGAAGCAAAACAGUCUGUAAAGCAAAUAGAAAAAGAAGAUAUAAUCAGAAGAGAUGUAAGUGGAACCAAACAAAGCCUCCUAGACUCUUCUACAGAAAGAAAUUAUGUACAUCAAGUCAGCAUUCAAGGUGAUAUGAAAAGUACCAUGAAGACAUUAUUACAGCCUUCCUCUCAGACAGUCCAAUGGAGAGAAAGCACUGAAGGCAAUGCGAAAGACACAGUCAAAACAUUUAAACAGACUAGUGAAGAAAAUAAUGAACUUUUGCAUACAGGAGAUAUGGCAGGUUGGAAAACGGUCAUAGUCGGUAUUGAUGACCAGCCAAUAUCAACAAUCAAUCAAAGAAAUCUGCAAAACAUUAAUAAUAUGGAACACAAAGUUUCAGACACAGUGGUAAAAGCUGAUCACAAAAGUAUACAGAAUAUGAAUGCUUUGCAGCAAAAAGUUACCAGAAUGAACAUAACUGAGCAAAGAGAAUAUAAUUCACAUAAGGCUUUAGCUAGUAAAGCCUGGAAUAAAAGUAACAUUGGUCCAGAUGUCCCGAUUGAAUUUCCUGGAGAGCAAAGUUUCUCAGUUCAAGAAUUUAACAACAGACAAAAAGAGUCACAUAUAGAUUUAGUCAAUCAAAAUAAGAUAAUAAAUCAAACUAAGCUGGCUUCCAAUACAUCUAGAACCACCACUAUGGAUGUGACUGACACUGGAGGUUUAAAAAAAUCAGACCAUGUUCAGAAUAAAGAGAAAAAUCAGCAAACCCACCAGUCAAGAAUGGUUUCUGGCAAUACAUCCGACAUUAAACGUGCACAAGUUUUGGAUACUAUCAAUAACAAUAUAGACAUUGCUCAGAAGGAAGAACAUUCAAUGGAUAUGAUUGCUUUGCAGAAAGAAACUCAAAAUAUAAAAAAUAAAAACACAAUCACACGGAAAGCAGUCAAGGAGAUGAGUGAAAACAGCAAAACAAUAUCUACUAGAAGUGGACAUCAACUUACAAAGAACAUCAAAACCACAAGCCUUAGGGAAAAUCAUUUAAUGGACUUUCCUCCUCCUCCUCCACCACUACAGCCGUCUAUGGAAGAACCUUCUUUUGCACCAACCCCACCACCACCACCACCACCGCCACCACCACUGCCAAAUCAGUUUUCUCCUAAGGCAUACACUGAUCCCGAUUAUUUUCCUUCCCCUCCCCCACCAGUACUAGAUAAGAUGGAGAAUAAAGUUUUUCCACUUCCAUCAGAAACAAGUAUACAGUACACAGAGAAACACAAAGAUUCAACCAUUAGAAAAACAGGCUUUCAAUCUCAUAAACAGUCAUUCACAACCAGCAAAGAAUCGAAGACUCAAUCAAACACAUUUUCAGCAGAGAAAUCAAGUAAAGAAUUAUCACAGAAAUAUACAGAAAAUGAAAAACCUAGGAAGACAAUAAAUCAAGGACCUGAUGUGCUUCCUAAGUCUAAACUGCCCGUCUUUCAUACUAAAUCAGGGACUAUGUCAAGUACGAAUAUCAAUAAAAACAAAACUCUUACCCAACACAGUCAGUCUCAUUCAGGUUAUUCUGAACAAUCAGAAUUUCAUAAAGAUAUAGCAGUCAACAAUAAAGUAGGCUUAAAUGCGAAGCAAACAAUGUUCUAUUCUCCAGCUAUAUCUCCAGUGGUAAAGAAUCAGACUUUAUCAUCUGAUUUCAAAGCUUUUUCUCAAGAACAGGCAUUCAGUAAGGAAAUUGAGGACUUCCGUCAUUCAACCUAUCAAGAUUAUGAUCAAAUAGUGUGUGAUCAGGAACUUGAAAGAAUCCAUGAGGAGUCUUUAAAGCCCAAGAAAAAUGUAAUUCCUUCAUCUGCAGCCCAGACUAAUGUGACCCAGAUAUCAGAACACGAAAGUAUGGAUGUCAGCCAUGUCAAUGGAAGUAAGACAUCCUUCUCUGGGGAAAUAGGUUCAAUGAAGGCCGAAAAUAUAAACACCAGUCAACUAAGUGACAAGGAUUUAGAUCAACUGACUUGUGACCACAAACUAGAAAAAAAUCAUGAAGAAACAUUGAAACCCAAGAGGAAGUUGUUUACUCCAAGUAGGAUAUCUCCAGCUAUUCAUGAUGAAACUCCAACACCAAAACAAAAAACUUAUGUCCGAAAAUUUAAGACGCCUCUAAUGAUUGCAGAGGAAAAAUAUCGUCAACAAAGAGAAGAACUGGAGAAAAAUAAAAAUAAGACUGUAUCCCAGGUUAAUAUAUCGGUUUCUCCAGAAACACAAAGAAAGCUGGUCUCAGCAGAGAAUGAUUCCAUCAAGUUAUUGUCAACAAAUUCAUCACAAAUAGCAGCAACGUCAACAAUGGAAGCAACUCAUGCACAAUAUGAAAUGAAGGCAAAGAACAAUAUAGCUUCUAGUGAGGCACCUGAAGAAACAUAUAAUAAAAAUAAGCAAAAGGAGACACAAUUAUUGCCAUCAUCCUCAACUGUAUUUAGCACUGUCUCAAAAGGUCAAAUUCCCCCAAAAGAGACCCAAUUGUUUGAACAACAAAGGUCUCAGGGUUUUAAAGAAUCUCACACACAGGAUCAAAUAUGUAAAAAUAUUUUUCAGAAAUUUGAAAAGUCUAAACAGAUGGAGCAACCUGAAAUGACAAGAACGUCUUCUCCCAAAGUCAGUAUUAAGUUUGACAGGGAUAGCCUAGAAACAGCAAAGUCUGAAAAGAAUGUUCAAGCUACAAAUAAUUCUGUGGGGGUGAAGCACACUGUAGACCAAGCUGUGAUGCAGCAAAAUGUACAUGAAGAAUCUUCUACCACCAAGACAACUGAACAUAGGCUAAGUCAAGAAUUAAAAAUCCAGUCUGUGUCUCAAAGCUCAGAACAAAAACAGAUUGAAAGCACAAGUAAUGUCCAAGCAGUGACUAAUGAGAAAGAAACCAAAACUGUGCAAAACCAGAUUACAGGCUUGGGCAGCAUGAUGACCAAAACAAUAGAGUCACCAAAGCUCCAACGAAAGCUACAAAUCAAUAAAGACCAAAUUAAAAGUGAUGUUGAAGUCAAGAAGAGUAUUUCAGCAAGUGCUGGUCAGACUGUGAAACCAAAAGGUCUGUAUAAACAUCAGAUUCAUCAAUCAAAAGCCCCUCUUCCACCACAACCUAAAGAACCACCAGCAGCAUCAGAAAGUGUAGCCCAAAAUGCUGUUACUCAAGUCAAAGAAACACAUGCAACAAAUGAAACCUUGGAAAGGAACUUGAAUAUCCACUCCGAAUCCCAAAACAAAGAGGAUAUGAAAUCAUUGGAUGUUAUUGAAUACUUAAGAAAAUGUGAGGAGCUGCAGCAGACAGUGUCUAAUGCAAAGCAAUUGGAAGCAGAUCCCCAGACAUUGAAUAUUAACACAUUUAGAACGUUUCUAAGCGUCAUUCCCACCUGGUUAGUCAGUCAGGAAAAAAAGAAAAAUAUAGCAGAUCUGGCUGCAACCAGCAGUAAGGAUAAUAUUACAGAGCAAGUAUCUUACAUUAAAAACCAUGCAAUGGAUAUGAAGUCAACUUUCGAAGGCAAUAUACAAGCAGCUAUGAGAUCCUCUUCUUUUGGCAAACGAAGAAAUGAAGUAAGUACUCAGAGUGAAACAUCACAACAAAAGCAGAUUACUAUGGUUGCAAAAAAAGUUGAGACCACAAGUAGGCAAAGAAAGAUUAGCAAUGACCUUGGAAGACUUCCAAGUGACAUGAAGCAUAGUGAUAUUAGGGCUUGUUCUCCUCUCCUGAAGAUGCGAUCUCCAUCACCUACUUAUAUUACUAUAGAAUCUACUGUAAGACGUACUGACUCCCCUCAAAAAGACAGAGUUCCUUCUUCUUCUCCACUCCCUAAAGAGACAGUAACUAUACCACUACCACCAAAGCGUUCCACAACACCCAAAACAUCAUCCCCUUCUCCGUCUCAAAAAAGUCGUUCUGAACAACUUGCAAAGCUUAAAGACACUACUGUAAAGCUCUCUCAAGGAACUACACAACCUCGAGCAAUUACCCCUAUUCCAGUAGUAGUUGAGAAAAAAUGUGAAAUAAUACAUUCUCCUGCCACUCUGCGAAGGCAGCUUAAAAUUGAAAGCCAUACUAAGGAGUCUUUCAGUACCAUACCUGUUCCAGCAGAAAUAACUGUCAGCACAGUAGAGGACAGAAGAGAAGUUUACGAGGAAGCUAGAUUGUGUGAAAAACAACAUACAGUCUCUGAAAAAGAUCAAGCGCACAUUCCAAAAUGGCUGGGCCCAGAUAUGGAUACAUUGGAUGCAAAAUCAAUCUUACAGACAACCAAGCUCCCUACAGAUAAUGUGUUUCAAACAAAAUCUAAAAAUGUUAAUGUGAGAGAUGGAGACAACCUCCACAGGAAGACUACACUAGGAGGUAGAAGUGAAGGAAACAAGACAGCCUCAAAAGAAAGUGCAAAUUCUCAGUUCAGGACUCCGAGCAGUAAAUUCCAAAGUGAAGAAAAGAAAGCUGUACCUAAGGAAAGCCAAGGGACAUCUAAUGAGCUGCCUUUACAAGGGAACGUUAGAACUGUUCCAAUAAGACAGAUUAGGGAUCACAGAGAGAAUUCUUCCAAGCAAAUUUUUGUGAACCGGCACGACCAGAGCCAAGAACAUUUAUUCAAACCCAUGAUGCAUCCGGAAACCAUUUUACAUGCUUCUGGUGUUGAAAAGAUGGAGAGCAAAGUGAUCAGGUCAAGAACUUCACAGAAUUCAGAAGGCUUGAAGACUGGAUUUGAAUUCAAGCAUGCACCUCCAACCUAUGAGGAUGUCAUAUCAGGUCACAUGCUUGACAUUUCGGCUACAGAAUCCCCAGAAGAAAUACUGAAGAAUUUCCAAAAGACUUGGGAAGAAAGUGAAAGAGUUUUUAAGAGUCUUGGAUAUACUCUCUCAGACACAUCUGAGGUGAUAAGCAGCUACCACCAGGAAGAAUUCAGAACUGAAAAUACUUCCUCAGGAAAAGGAAAUGUGCAUCGCUUGUCAAAAGAAGGUUUACCCAAUGGAAUGCCUGGUGGCAGACAAGCAGACUUUUCAUAAGAACUGCUUUUACUGCAACCACUGCAAAAGUAAAUUAAGUUUAGGAAAUUAUGCAUCUCUCCAUGGACAUGUAUACUGCAAGACACAUUUUAAGCAACUUUUCAAAUCAAAAGGAAAUUAUGAUGAAGGCUUUGGAUACAAACCUCACAAAGAACGCUGGAAUC